GGACGGGGGACGGUGGUCUUUAUGGUACGCACGCGCGUCCCUCUUCUUCAUUUUCAAUUCAAUUCAUCAUCACAAACACAGCAGCCAGCACAUCACACACUGACGACUUCGGUUCAACAACUACGAUACGAGCUACGAGCUGGGCCUAUGAAUUCAACGUAGCUUUUUGUUUUAACUCAUGCAUGAGCUGUCGUUGGUUCGUCCUAAAGAAUGAACACAGGCUGAAAAAUGAACAGGUUGGACGUACCUCCAAAGAUUUUUGGCAUAACAUCGCCUAUUAGUCUGCAAGAACCAAAGCCAGAAGACCUUAUACACUCUGAGAAACUCAUAGAGGCUCUCAAACCACAUGGAGUCUUUGAGAAUGAAGAUGAACUCAAUCACAGAAUGGUUGUGCUUGCAAAAUUAGAUGAAAUUGUCAAGGAUUGGGUUCAAGAAACAUCACUCAAGAAGAACAUUCCACCUAAUAUAGCAGAGACAGUUGGAGGCAAGAUUUACACAUUUGGGUCCUACAGACUAGGAGUGCAUACAAAAGGGGCUGAUAUAGAUACGUUAUGUGUAGCACCAAGGCAUGUAGAGCGCACAGACUUUUUCACAUCGUUCCAAGAAAUCUUAAGAGGCAUGCCCGAAGUCAAGGAUCUUAGAGCUGUAGAAGAAGCUUUUGUUCCUGUAAUCAAAAUGGUUUUCGAUGAAAUUGAGAUGGAUGUUCUGUUUGCAAGAUUAGCACUUCAGAUUAUUCCAGAGAAUCUUGAUCUCACCGAUGACAGUCUUCUUAAAAACCUUGAUCAGAAGUGUGUCAGGAGUCUUAACGGUUGUAGAGUGACUGAUGAGAUUCUCAAUUUAGUCCCAAAUAAGGAAAACUUCAGGUUGGCUUUAAGAGCCAUCAAACUGUGGGCCAAAAAGCGAGGUGUUUACUCAAAUGCUCUAGGAUUCCUUGGUGGUGUAUCUUGGGCAAUGUUGGUUGCCAGGACAUGUCAACUUUAUCCUAAUGUUGCACCUUCGACCCUUGUACACAAAUUCUUUCUUGUGUUUACCCAAUGGGUCUGGCCUCAACCUGUAUUACUGAAACAACCAAAGACAGGUACUGACUUGACCUUUCCUGUUUGGGACCCAAGGGUUAAUGUGUCUGACAGGUUUCAUUUGAUGCCCAUAAUCACCCCAGCAUUUCCGCAGCAGAAUUCCACAUACAAUGUCACCCAGUCUACCAAGUUUAUCAUGGAACAGGAAAUGAAAGAAGGUCUUUCAGUGACCCAACAGAUUAUACAUGGCAAAGCAACAUGGGACAAGCUUUUCGAGGCUACAAACUUCUUCCAAAAGUACAAGCAUUACAUCGUUCUAACAGCAAGUGCAGGUUCGGUGGAUCAUCACCUUGAAUGGGUCGGUUUAGUGGAAUCUAAGAUAAGAAUUUUGGUGGGUAAUCUUGAAAGGAAUGCAUACAUCAAGCUGGCGCAUGCAAACCCCAAAUCUUUCAACCCACAAGAAAUCGAGGAAAAGAAUGACUUCUUUGCAUCUCUUUGGUUUAUUGGCCUGGAGUUCAAACCUAUUGAUUCUUCCACCAAUGUUGAUUUGACCUUCGACAUUCAAAGUUUUGUGGACACUGUACACAGGCAAGCCAUUAGUAUUGGCAUGUUGAAAGAUGGGAUGAAAAUAGAAGCCAAGCAUGUCAAACGGAAGCAGCUAACCAACUAUCUGCCUAACACCAUCCUUAAGUUCAAAAAGAAAUCUCUUCAGAACACUGACUUACCUUGUGGUACUCUGUCAGUUGAUAUCCAACCCAAAGAAAGGGAUUUAAUAACACCAAGCCAAAGUACUGACGCUGCAACCCUUGACAGUCCACAACAUAUGACAGAAGAUGAAUUCCUCUAUGGUAGGAUCUCAGAAAACCAAGGAGGAAUUCUGCUAACAAAGACCAUGAGUAGUCAAGCUGUGUCACUGGAACAUGCUUCUGAAGACUGUAUAUCAGGAGUUCAGGUCACAAGUAACAGCGAUACAUGUGUGAACAGUAGUCAGGAAAAUGAUUCAUCCAAAAAUUCAAGACCAGUCAUUGUACCUACCAAAGUAUUUUUCAAAGCUCAGGAAACUUUAACAGAAGAGGAAAAAGGACAAAUUGAAGGAGGGACAGUUUUAUCGGGAGAGGGCUCCGUCUUGUUCAAGGAGCCUCUGUCACAGGAAAUAUCUCCCUCAUUGAGAAUUGUAAAUCCAUGCAAGAGUCCGGAAAUAUUAGAUUCCCUAGAGAGCACCACUGAUUCAGGAAGAGGAACGCCAGAGGAAGGAUAUGGAAUUAAAAGGCCGUCAUCUCCUGAACCUUCUCCUGUUCAAACACCACCUAAGAGGGCCAAGGCAGACUUGGAGGAUGAUGAGGAAAAUGGCGAAAUGAGUGAAAAGAUCGAUGGACCAAACCCACUUACACUUGCUAUGAAACAGCGUCUACCAAGUGGUGAAUUGCCAGAUAUGUCAUCCCCGAUGCCUAAACAAGCAACAUUGGUAAAAAACUCAAUCAAGCUCAUCCUCAAAUAAAUGUAAAUAUGAUCUUCUUUUAUUGUUCUUGUAUGUGUAUGUUGUCUUUGCAGCAAAACUUUUUUAGUAUGACUGAAUUGAAACUUAUUUUUGAUUGCCCAGGCGGAUUAUGCAACUUAAAAAUUGUUUUAGAGCUAUUUUUUAAUAAAUCCAGCCUAAAGGACUUUCCAAAAUCCCUACAGAGUUCAACUUAAUUGGUUUAAGUUGGUACAAAUUUCAACUCGUACUCAAAUAUUAAACAUCAGGGUUGGAUUGUAAUGUAUUGAUAGCAAGAAGGAUUUCAUUUUAUAAGAUAGUUAGUUACAGCUAUGGGAUGCUGAUUGUCAUAUAAUUUCCUGUACAUUUCUUGCAAUUUUGAAAUUGUACUAUCAUUUUUAUUUACAAGCUAGUUUUCCUAAAAUUAACAACACACCUUUUUUUCCUUUUUUCUGUUCAAUAAUACAAACAUAACAAGUUUGCACAGGAAUGAAUGUGUUAUUCAAAGUUGGUGUCUUACUUUUGUUGUAUUAUUUAUUUGUUUUUGUAAAUUUUCCGCUUUGUCUACUGGACCAGUUACAGCAAAUAUUAUAACAGGUCUGCAAAGCAGUAUUCAGUUUGGUACUAUUUUAUGUGGUUCGCUGAUUCCCUGGUGUAUCAACCAAGAAACUUGCUUAAAAUUGCUCUCAGUUUCAUUGUAACAAGUUCAAGGCAGUACCAAGCAUAGUUUGUUGCAAACAGGGCUCACUAUUCUUUUAAUUAUGUCUUGUUUGGCACUUCUGGAUUUUUCUCAAGGUGCCUCAAUUGACGUGGUUAAGGUUUAUAGCAAUAUUCAUCUAGAUAUUCAGCAGAAACAAGUGACUGGUGAAUCAUGCCAAAUAAGCUUUGUUCUUGUGCACUUUUUUUUUAAAUUGACAGUAUGAGAAUAAAAGACGCUCAUGCUUUCCAGAAGAUAAUAAACCAUAAAAAACCCAAAAGCAUUAAGAAAUGCUUGAUAUUCUUGGGCUGAACACCAAGAGUACUCACAGAUAAUGUAGAGACUUACAGGGGAAAUUGUUUCAUGUUGAAGGUUUGUACGACUUAUGUUGACAAUAAUUGACAGUGGGGAGAACUUUAGAAAACGAUUACUUUGAAAUAUGUUGUGUAAGUUUAGGUCCAAUGUAUUAAAUGGAUUACUUGUAGUUGGUGUAGUAUUUUCUUGUGAAAAAGUUCAGAUAUUAAAACGAAGUUAAAGUACA